AUGCUCUUACGAUACUGCCUGUUCAUUGGCACGCUGGGCCUAUCUAUCUCUGCCAAACCCGAGUCGAUCCACAUCAAAUUGACCGAUGAGUACAUCCAAGAGCUUGAAGAAUUUUGGACGGCCGACACGAGGCAGGCUGCUCGUAACAACUCUUUUCAGAACCAUGGUGGCAACGACUCUGAGGUCGACAUACCCGCUGGACACCUGGAGCGACGAAAUCCCCAAACCUAUAGUCGCGACAGGUCUCCCCGCACUCUGAAAGCUGGUGUAGAGCGAAUCCCUGGCCAACUUUGGGUUGGCUGGCUUUACUUUUUGGCCGAUGUCGAUGGAAAAUCGCAAACAAGAGCGUGCAUUGCCUCCAUUGUCGCGUCGCCAUCUGGAAGUGUCAUCGCCACUACAGCGGAGUGUGUCUUUGACCGAAGCACAUGGAAAAGCUAUUACAAAUUUGCGUUUUACCCCGGACACACCGAUGAUAUGUGGCCAGUGCCUACAAUUUUCUAUCACUGGCAGUAUAAGGAUAAGAAAGGACGGGAGGCCUAUUCUUAUAAAUGGAAUGUGGCUUUUGCCAAACUAGGCAAGCGCUAUGACAAAAUGCUGGCCGAAACGUAUAAAAACCUUGCGCUUCCUCAGCCAUCUUUCAAAGGCCCGUUUCUAGCUGACAAGUCGGAUAUGGUGCAAUUUUGGAAGCCGGCGGGUCCCCCAGUAGUUUCAUCGAAACAAUGGGAAUCCGGGCCAUCCUCUCUCUUGCGCUGUACGUUCCGUACUGAUUCACUUGACCAUGAAAGGGACGAACUUGCGCACAUCUAUUGGAUUCCAUGGUACCGGGCAUUUGGUGUUUGCUCCGUGAAGCACAAUGAUGUCGGCUCUCCUGUCACAUAUCAGUAUUCUAGUAGCCCGGAUUCCCUGGUGCAAAUUGGCACCUUGAUGACAGGACAUGAAUGGCCAUAUGAAACAGACUUCUUUGUCUGGUGGGAUAGCGAUGCCCAAGCUUUGUUUUAUCUUGCGGAUCAAGCGAAGCCUGCGGACUAG